AUGCGUCUCACUCUCGUGUCUUCUCUGCUGCCCCUCGCGGUCUCCGUUGGAGCUCUGUCCGUAACUGAGCCCAAGAAGGGUGCUGAGGUCGACCCUUCAGACUCUUUCACUGUGAAGUGGGAUUCCGUCAGCACCGACCCCUCUUCCUUCGAUAUCUACCUCGUCAACAACGCCGUCUACCCCAACGUCGAGAAGAAGAUCGCCUCCGAUGUCGACACCUCUGAUGGUUCCUACACCGUUGACAAGCUCUCCGUCACUGACGGCCACGGCUUCCAGGUCAACCUAUUCUCCAACGAGGACAAGAACACCGGCAUCCUCGCCCAGUCUGAGCAAUUCAACAUGACCGGCGAUGCCUCUAGCACCUCGUCCACCUCGUCCACAUCCAGCACCUCGAGCACCUCGAGCACCUCCACCAGCGCGUCUUCCACUGAAACCGAAACCACUUCUACCAAGACCGGCACCAAGACCGAGUCCACCUCUGCCAGCUCUACAUCUGACUCUGACUCCGACUCCAGCUCCAGCCCCAGCUCCACAACGGACGCUGGGUCUUCGGCCGCCUCUUCAUCCGGUGCUGCUGCUAGCUCUACCGGUGUCCCCCAAGUCGAUGACAACGCUGGUGUGGCCCUCGGCGCUCCAUUGACUGUUAUUGCUGGCCUUGUUGGUGCUGCCUUCGCCUUCAGCCUGUAA